AUGGUGUCUUUCGCAGAACUCACACAAAUGAACCUGUCGCCAGAGAUUUUGGCAGAGCUUCAAAAGUAUGCGACACCGACCGGUAUCGCUGAUUACGCUGCCUUGGCCAUUGUCGCUGGAGUCUCAGCAGGGUAUCUGUCACGAGGGACCCUCUGGGACAGGCCUGACCCGCAUUACCAUCUCUACUUCGAACGCCCACAGUUGAAGAAUGGUGGCCUAGCUGGCAUCAAUGCCAACAAAGAGACCAGAAACAUCGCACAGAAGCUAGAAGACACUGGCAAGAAUAUUGUCAUUUUCUGGGGAUCACAAUCGGGUACUGCAGAGGGCUUUGCCAAUCGCCUGGCCCGAGAAAUUUCCAUUCGAUGGGGUCAGGAAUGUAUGUCGGCGGACCUGUCAGACUACGAUCCAGCCACAAUCUCUGAGAUUCCGAAUUCAAAGCUGGCGAUCUUUAUCGUCUCAACUUACGGCGAGGGUGAUCCGGCUGAUAAUACCGCGGAAUUCUGGAGCUGGAUCACCAAGACUGGCGAUGUCUCGCUAGCCAAUCUACAAUAUACCGCGUUCGGUCUGGGCAAUACCAACUACAAAUUUUACAACAAGGUUGUCGAUGUGAUUGUUGAAGGGUUGGAGAAGUUGGGUGCCAAAGCCCUGAUGCCACUUGGCAAAGCGAAUGAUGCUGAAGGUGCCACCGAAGAAGACUUUAUGGCUUGGAAGGAUAGCCUGUUUACAGUGUUCAAAGACAACUUAGGCUUCACAGAAGUGGAAGCCAAGUACGUCUCAAGCCUUCAAGUCGAGGAAGAUGAGUCUUUGGAGCCUAUCGACCUUCACCACGGUGAACCGAAUAGCCACGUCGAUGCCCCCAAGGGAGCUGCUCAAUCCUCACCCAUUCGAAGCUUAAGCAUCGUCAACUCUCGAGAGCUGUUCACAUCCUCCGACCGCAACUGCCUUCACAUGGAUGUGGAUCUGAGUGACCAACCAGAGUUGACAUACAAGACCGGUGAUCACCUGGCCAUCUGGCCAGCCAAUCCAGAAUUAGAAGUAGAGCGUCUACUCGAGAUCCUCGGUCUAGCCUCUCGCCGUGAUGUUCCAGUCAUUAUUAGACCCCUCGAUCCAGCGACAAAGAUCACACUUCCCACCCCGACGAGCGCGAUCGCCCUUCUUCGUUACUACUUGGAAAUCUGUGCCCCUGUUAACCGAGACAAUGUCCGCGAUCUCGCCCAAUUCGCACCUACGCCCGAAGCAAAAACAUACCUGACCAACCUGGGCCAGGAUAAAGACUUCUACGCAAAGUUCAUCAACCGUACCCACCUAACUCUUGGUCGUCUACUACAACUCGCCUGUCCGGGCCAGACGUGGACAAAAAUCCCUCUCUCGUAUCUCGUCGAGACACUACCGCACAUCCGCCCACGGUACUACUCCAUCUCUUCGAGCAGUGUAGUCUCUCCACGGAAACCUUCUAUCACAGCCAUUGUCUCCACAACUCCCCUUCCAGAGAACCCAAGCGAGCUGGUCCACGGCAUCACAUCGAACUACCUCCUCGCCAUCUCCCAGCAAGCCCACUCCCAGCCCCACCCACAUGGCGUGUCGUACCAUCUCAACGGGCCCAGUGACGCUCUAGAAGGUGGCAAGGUUUUCGCUCACAUCCGUCGAAGCAAGUUCAAACUCCCUAUUACGGCCAAGACGCCAUUGAUUAUGGUCGGUGCUGGAACAGGCCUCGCACCAUUCCGCGCAUUCCUCUCAGAGCGUUGCCAGGUCCAGAAGGUCGGAAAGGAGGUCGGUCAAAUGAUACUUUUCUUCGGCUGUCGUAACCCCGAAGAAGAUUUCAUUUACCGAGAUGAGCUGCAGGAGAUGCAAGAAACACUCGGAGAUAAAUUGCGUUUGGUGGCUGCCUUCUCCAGGUAUGAAGGUACGCCACGGCAGUACGUACAGGACCGAGUUUCAGAGUUUGGAGAGGAGGUUGUAAAGCUUAUUGAUGAGGGUGCUAGCUUCUAUAUUUGUGGUAGAGCUGGUAUGGCACGCGAAGUGGAGAAGGCUGUUAGCGGAACCAUGCAGAAGACUAAGGGGUGGACUGAAGAUGAAGUCAAUAAUUGGAGCAAGGCAGUCAAGAAGAAGAACAAGUGGCAAGAGGAUGUUUGGGGUUGA